AAACAAUGGACAUUAAUGGAGUCAUUUCUUAGAAGCAAUGCGUUAAGAACAUGCUUAUUGAUGAAAAGUAUAACUGCUGUUAAAUUGAAGAAUGAGGAGUUGUUUGUACAAAACGUAAACAUUUCUUUCUUUGGUUUCUACUACUACAGGAUUUGCCAAAAUUUUCUCUCUUCAAAAAUAAGAACAAUGCUUGGAGUGGUCUUUUCCUCCAUAUUUUUGGUUGUGUACAUUGCCAAUUCAUGUAAUUGCAUUAAGGUCUAUGAUGUUACCAAGUAUGGAGCAAGUGCAGGUAAAAAGGAUAACCAAGCAGCUUUUUUGGCUGCUUGGAAAGCUGCAUGCAACUUCGGCGGCGCCGCGAGCCUUCUGAUCCCCCCCGGAACCUUCGCACUCGGGCCGGUCAAUUUACGAGGGCCCUGCAAGAAUCACAAGUCUCCUUUUGUUGAGAUCAGGGGACAUUUGAGGGCUCCUCCCCGGUUUAUUCGCUCCCCUGAUAGGUUUUGGAUCAAGUUCAAUGACCUCAACGAAUUGACGGUCACCGGUGGCGGUGUACUCGACGGCCAGGGUGCUCUCUCGUGGCUGAGGAAAAAGUGCGGUCACGGUCGUUCCAGCAAGCUACCUCCAACAACACUCAAGUUUAAAGAUGUUAGCAAUUCGUCGAUACACCGGCUUAAUCUCGUCAAUAGCAAGGCCUUCCACAUGAACUUUCACCAAUGCAAUCACAUCGACGUCCACGAUCUUAAAAUAACCGCGCCAGGAAAUAGCCUCAACACCGACGGCAUCCACGUCGGGCAAACAAGUCAUAUUAGCAUUCGAAACUCGAUCAUCAGCACCGGCGACGACUGCAUCUCCAUCGGUCCAGGAUCGAGAAAUGUGACUGUGUCCAACAUCACUUGCGGACCAGGCCAUGGAAUAAGUGUUGGGAGUUUAGGGAAGUACAGAAAUGAGACUGACGUGAUCGGUUUGCUCGUAAGGAAUUGUACGGUGAAGAACACUACGAACGGAGUCCGAAUCAAGACGUGGCCAGGAUCGCCUGGCUUGCAGGCAAUUCGAGUUCUUAAUAUCACAUUCGAGGACAUAACCAUGAUCAAUAUAUCGAAUCCUAUCAUAAUAAAUCAACUUUAUUGUCCGGGCCAUGGCUGCACCAAAAAGCCUUCGCAAAUACAGAUUGGCGACAUCAGAUUCAGAAGAAUAAGAGGAACUUCAAGAACCGAAACAGCAAUCAAUUUGCAGUGCAGCGAAGACGUGCCGUGCAAGAACGUAGAGCUCGACGACGUAAAGUUAACUUGCGCAGGUCGGCGCGGUUGGUCAUGCUCUAAUGUGAAUGGCAAUUUCUCAGGCGUCCAGUUCACGGGCCCAUGCCUCUCUUAGAGCACUAGAUUGGCGCAAUUUUGUCCAUUCAGAACAAAUUUUGGCAAAUUUCUGUAUGUUUAUCGGAGUCGAGUUCUUGGAUAUAUAUAAUCGAAUUAGGA